AUGACACGGAAAGCAGCAGUAAAGCUUGCCAACCCAGGGGGAGGCACUAGCCCCGUUAAACCAGAAGGGUCUGCCAGGUUCCUGGGAGUCUGGUUGGACUGGAAACUCAACUGGAAGGCUCACCUGGUGGCGGUGGAGAAGAAGCUGAGGACCCAGAGCUAUGCCCUGUCGAGGAUCGUGGCAAAGACGUGGGGAAUGGGGCUAGCCAAAGCGCGAGAAGUGUACACAAAGUGCAUCCGGUCGGCGCUGGCCUAUGGCGCAUCAUCGUUUCACAUCCCCACGGAUGUGGGAGGCGAGCCGGUAAAGAAAGGCAUCACUGAGGCCCUCGGGAAGGCCCAGAACAAGAGCUUGCGGAUUGUGAUUCCGAAAACCGACUCCAACGAACCGAUCUGGACGACGGUCAAGGCUGCAAGAAGACGGCGGGGAGCAUUGUCCUCACCGCCUACCGCAAGAUACAGCAGACUUAGCUCGAGGAGGGGCAACAGGGGCCGACCGCGAACCUUGGGACCUCAAGGGCCUACGGCAGUGGAGAGAGCCGCGGGCACGGUCAUGCGCUGGACGGGGGGAAUCGUUGGAGGCGCUAUUCCGGAACGAAACCCUAAGGAGGCACGACGGUCUCAGCAAGGCGAAGAGCUCACUGCUGAUCCAAAUCCGGACGGGAGCAAUAGGCUUACGGGACUUCUUGUUUACACGGGGAGUCCCGGAGGUUCUGACUCCUGCCUGCGAGUGUGGCGAGGGACGAGAGACUGCCGAACACCUGGUAGUGUGGUGUUUGGCCCCACCGUUGACUCGAAGAUGGGAGAGAACUGGAAUUCGGACACGACGGGACUUUUACUCUGUUCUACACGGCAUCAAUCCCACGACUGCACGGCUCGCGAGGAGAGUUCUCGACUGGCUGAUGGACUCGGGGAAGCUGCCGAUGUACAACUUAGCCAGGAGGCUCGAGCUGGAAGGGGCGGCCUGAAGCGCCCCCGUUCGGAAGCCAGGAGGCCUCCUCUCUUUGUAUACGCAGACUCACCAGAACGCAUCGUUCCUUGA